AUGAGGAGCCUGCCCAGCCUGGGGGGCAUCGCCCUGCUCUGCUGCUGCGUGGCUGCCGCCGCCACCUCGGUCCCCGCCUCAGCCUCCGCCUCCCCCGCCGCCUCUGCCGCCGGGACGGUCCCGACCCCCGCGGGGGGACGGGACCGCGCCCCCUCGCCUCCCCCCUCCGGAGCCACCGACGCCGGCGGUGACGGGGAACGGGACCGGGGUGCUGAGAAGCAGGUGGAGGAGCCGGUCAGUCACGCCCCCAUCACAGUCAGCGCGGCCGCCAGCCCAGCGGCAGAGGAGACCCCGGAGCUUGAGCCGGAGCCCACGCCCCUCAGGACCGAAGCCGCCCCCACGGACCCCGGCAGCUCCCUGACCACAGCCCCCCAGGUCCUGAUCCCGACCCCAACUUUGAUUCUGACUACGACGACCCAGACCGUGGCUGCGACCCAGACCCCGACCCUGACCUUGACCCGAUCUGUGCUCUGGAACAGCCCCUCGCCCACCCCACCUGCGGACCAGCCUGGCCAGCCUGCCGGCCCCACGCCCAGAGAACACAUGUGUAAUUGCAGUAUAGUUGGAAGCCUGGAUGGGAACCGAUGCAACCAAACCACAGGGCAGUGUGAGUGUCAUCCAGGCUACAAAGGGCUUCACUGUGACUCCUGCAAGGAGGGCUUUUACCCAACCAGCACCAAUGUCCAAGGGCUCUGUCUCUCUUGUGACUGCAAUUCCCAUGGAGCCAUCAGCCCAACUUGUAGCAGUUCUGGGAAAUGCCAGUGUAAAGUGGGUGUUGGAGGUUCCAAAUGUGACCACUGCCAAGAUGGGUAUUAUGGCUUCAAUGAGAAUGGCUGUCUGCCCUGCCAAUGCAAUAAUCAGUCUGUCACUUGUGAUCCCUUCUCAGGUACCUGUUUGAACUGCCAAGGAAACAGCAAAGGAAACCACUGUGAAGGAUGCAAAGAUGGUUUCUAUAAGAGUCCCACUGCCUUGCAUAAAUGUCUUCGGUGCCCUUGCUCAGCAGUGACAUCUACUGGCAUCUGUUUCAUACAUUCAGGGGAGUUGGUGCCUAGAUGUGAUCGCUGCAGAGAGGGUUACACAGGUCUAAACUGUAAUGCCUGUGAAAAUGGCUAUUACAACUCUGACAGCAUCUGUUUAAAGUGUGAGUGUGGUGGCCAUGUGGACUCUAUUAAAACUCCGAAGAUCUGCAAGCCAGAGAGCGGUGAAUGCAUUGACUGCCUCCACAAUACCACUGGCUUUCACUGUGAGAACUGCUGGGAAGGUUAUGUUAGAGACCUCAAAGGAAACUGUAUCAAGAAAGAAAUUGUUGUUACUACGACUGAAGGGUCUACCACUUUGGUUUCUAAUGCCACUUUGUCUACAUCACCACCCACUACGGUUGCAAAUAGUACAUUUACCCCCACCACUCUGCAGCCUAUCUUUUCAAUAGGAUCUUCUGAAAAUAGCACCUCAGCAUUAGCUGAUGUGUCAUGGACUCAAUUCAACAUCAUCAUUUUGACAGUCAUCAUCAUUGUGGUGGUUCUGCUCAUGGGAUUUGUGGGGGCUGUGUACACAUACAGGGAGUAUCAAAACCGAAAACUCAAUGCCCCCUUUUGGACCAUUGAACUGAAAGAAGACAACAUCAGCUUCAGCAGUUACCAUGACAGCAUCCCCAAUGCUGACGUGUCUGGCUUAUUGGAAGACGAUGGCAAUGAGGUGGCUCCCAAUGGACAGCUAACGCUCACGACUCCCAUGCAUAACUAUAAAGCUUAAGACCUGAACAGAGUGAACCAAAUUCCUCUAGUGUUGCUAAAGUUACAGUGCUUAUUAAGAGGAGCAGCAGCAGCAAUGGUGCCCAGGGGCAGAGCCUGGCCUUGCUUGCUAAAAAAGCAAAGGUGUGUAGUGCAUCCCAAAAUUUCAGGUAAAAAUUUGUAAUGCCUUCAGCCUGACAUCCUUCAUUUCCCCAAGAAGAUCCCUACAAUUCAUUGUUGUUAAGGACUUGAAGCAAAAUAUAUUUUUGUACCCAGCCAUGCAGGAGUGUGUAGCAAGACCAAAUUCUGUAGUGAAUCUCGUAUCCAACUUCCUGAGAAGCUCCUGGGGAAGCCAGUGUCCACCAAGCAGUCUGCCACAGGAUGACUGAUAUUUGUUUAGGAGGAAAAGGACUGUCGGAAGUCUUCAUAUACAUUCCUAAUACACAUUUCUUUUCAAGGUGGGGCAGGGAUGGAUCUCCAUUUUACUCUUCUGAGAGAUUUCAAUGAGAAAAAACUGAUGAGCCACAAGCAUUGCAAUAAGCAGUUCUCUAUUGUUUCUGGAAUUGGGGACAAAUGAAUCCUAAAGAGAUUCUUGGAAAGUUGCUCCUUACUGAAUUAUCACUUAGUGAUACAGUAAAGUGCAGGGCAAGAUUCUUGGGCUAGAAGAGAGAAUGAAGCAGUAUCCACGAUGAGGAAGCCGAUGGUCCCCCUCAGGGUCUCAGUUUGUUAUCACUGCCCCAGCCUCCUAGAAACAAUGUGUAUAUAGAUAAUGUAGCAUAUCUUAUCAACAUUGCAUUUGUAACUAUUUGUAAAAAAAAAAAUCAUGUCAUAUUUUAUCAUCUAGAAUUUAUUUGUACAGCAGAAGUUAGUGGCAUUGUAAAAAAGAAAAUACAAGAAUUGGUUAAAAUACUGUAAAAUAGAUGGCAAUAUUGCUGGAGCUGGGACUCUGGUGAAUAUCGAUCAUUUUAAGUUCCUCUAUGGACAUCAUGGGCAAUUUUUAAGAGAUUGAGUAUUCUUUUCUAUUAUCUUCUCACCCUUUAGUCCCUCCUUCCUGCAAUUCAGCCUUAGAAUUACCCACCUUUUGACUUAAAAAGGAUGUGAAUAGUUAAAUAUAGUGGAGAAAUAAGGUUCAGUAGAUUUUGAAGUCAAGGGCUACCUUGGAUUGCAAAAUCUGGUCACUUCUCACUUAAUGAGAUACUAUCUCAGUCUUCAUAAGCAUCUAAUUUUACAUCAUGUAGAUGAAUGUAAAAUGGUAGUUGAUAAAUAAAUUUCAUUUUGCUAGUAGUCUCCUGGAUGCAAAUGGUAGUCUUCCAAAGGAAAUGGGGGAAUCCUCAUUUCAAAAGAAAUGAAGGGUUAUUGUCAUAUCACCAGGGGCCUCUACUCUUCUUGUCUAUAAAAUGUCUACAUUUUAAUUCUCCCCCCUCAAAAAAAAUGUUCUCACUCAAAUGUUGGUCCACUGUGCCAAUUUUGAUCUGCUUAUUAUGGCAAUAACAAGCUGUCCAAUUUGCAUAGGCUCUUUACUUCUCUUGCUGCAUAGCGGGGGGUUAGGAGACUGGGCCUGGAGGGAUAUAAAGUGCUCACUAACUACAACAUAUACUGAUCCAUCCCUUCUUCACACACCAUUCCAAGAGUGACUAUAUGUAUAAAGUAACAAUGCAGCGAGAUGUCCAAGCACCGUCCCCACUUAAAGAUAUGAUGUAUGCUUGGAAACCAGGUCUCAAAGCAUAUUACAAAAAAGUAAAGUCUUGACUGCACAGCAGCCAUUUGGACACAGGUUAAAACCAUCAAUCAAGCUGAUUUUUUAAAAGAAAUAUUGAGAGGUAAAGGAAGCAGCAGCAGGGUAUAUAGGAAAAGGUCCUGGACUAAGAGUUGGCAGACCUGCAUUCUGGUUCCUGCUCUAUUGAUAAUUAGCUGUAUGACUUAGCUAAAUCACUAAACAUCUAUGAACCUGAAUUUCCUUAUCUACGUAGAGAAGACAAUUCAGCUAUAUAAUCUCUAAGGUCCCUUCUAGGUAUAGAAUUCUGUGAUUCUGAGUACUGAUAUCAAUAAGCAAUAUGGAAUGAGCAGUAUGUCGAAAGAGGAAUUCAAGUGGACUUUUUUCUCUAGAUGAGAUCAUAGUCAAAGGCUAGUUCAAGUCUAGCACUAAGAUACCACUCUAUAGAAGGUCUUCCAGGUCAGUCCCUUGAUUUUGCUGGUGUUUUAGUUGAUACCUAGUCUACUUACUGCUUGUGGCCUAAUAGCAGUUGCUUGGGGGGAGAACGGAUGGUCAAUUUCUACGUUCAGUCAUGGCCACCAGAAAUAGGGGGAAAUUUCACAGACAGGUGAAGUCAUCUGUAAGGAUUUUCCAUUGUUUUAGAGGAACACACCAUUGAUGAGCUCCAGUCCAUAGUUGGACUCCACUGAAACUGAUGUUGAUUCUAUUUAUGAAACUAAUAAGAUGUCCACCUUGCCAGCUUAUGUUCUUUUAAAACAAAACAGACACAGGAGGAAUUCAGUGUUUGUGAAUAGAAUUAAGUUACUUAGGAAAUAAAGUGAAUUUUAAGCUUCUAAAAGUUUGAUCCAGGCAGUCAGGUCUUUUAUCCACAUGUGGAUAUUAGAAUAGAGCCCUUAAAAAAGGAAUGGUAAACAACUGAAAGUGCUUAUCAGCUACUACUCCCAUUCUCCCCUGCACACAUACCACCCUGUGUAUGUAACUCCAGCCAAUAAAAUGUCUUUUAAUGUUUUAGUA